AUGAAGGCUCAAAUACUGGUUCGAAUGUGGGUCACCGUCUUUGCCUUGAUUCAGGUUCAUGGCUGUAAGGCUGCGCUCGAGUACGCAGCGCCCGCAACACUCAAAACCCUCGCGACCGCCCAGAGCAAGGACAACUUGGUCAUUGCUGUCUUUUGUCUGCCUUGGUAUGAACAAUGCAGGACUCUGGCUCCAGAGCUGGAAAAGGCCAAAGAGGCGCUGCAACCGUGGCCGUCCGCUCAAUUGUUACUCAUCAACUGCGAAGGUGAAUCGGAUAUUUGCCCUUCUUAUGGGGUAGCUUCUUUUCCAACCAUACGACUCUUCCAUGGAUCAAGACAAAGUCGAUAUCGAGGAAAGUUCCGGGCUUCCUCCGUUGUAACCAAAGUACUCCAAACUAUAACGCAACUGGUUUCCCAACCAGACAGGGAAGCCUUCGGGACGUUAAAAUCGUUGGACGUCCCGCUACUGCUCUUCGUCGUAUCUGAGGACGAAGCUCCUGAGUUGUCGACCGUUAGAGCCCAGGUGGCCGAGAAGCUUCAAGACAAGUUUCUAGUGGCGACCACCACCGACUUGACCCUAGCCGAAGAAGCGGAUGUCCGACCCCCUUUUGUGGUUGUCUGGCACUCCCUGGACGAAGUCAAGCCUAUAUAUCGUGACAAGUUCGAAAUGGGACCGAUUCUCAGGUUCGCAGAACAGACCUCGACGCCGGUAAUCGGUAGGCUGGACUUGAAAUCGUACAUUGACCACACCCAGUCGGGAUUGCCAAUCGCUUUUAUCAUCGCCGAAACCGAUAGAGAGAGAAAGACCAUUGCCGAAUCAUUGAAGCACGUUGCUCUCAAGUACAAAGGAAAGAUCAACUUUGUAACCCUCGAUACAACAAAGCUGCCCUUUUUGCUCGAGCCACUUGAUGUGGACGCCACACGCCUGCCUGCGUUGGCACUACAUCGUGGUGAUGACGACGAGGUGUUUGUCUACGACCAGAAUCGUCACAUCAACAGAAGAGACGUCGAGACUUUUAUACAAAGAACCAUUCAUCGGCCGGUGACGGAACUAUAG